GGGCGGCGGAGCGCUCACACCAUGACAUCAGCGCGGCGCGGCCCCGGGGGAGCGGGUGGGGGGCGGGAGCCGGCGCGGCGGAGCGGCAGCGGUAGCGGCGGAGCGGAGCGCGGCCCCGGGCAUGCUCCCGGAGCCCAAGUAUGACCGCUUCCGCGACGAGCCGCUGACCGCCCCCAUGCCGUCGCCGGCCCCCGCGCCCACCGGCGGCGCCCCCGGGCCCUGCCCCGCGGCGGGCGAGGAGCCCGAGCCCGGCACCACCUUCUGCGCGCUGCUGCCGCGGAUGCCGCAGUGGAAGUUCCCCGGCCCCGCCGGCUUCCUCGGCCGCGGCCCCGCCGGUACCGGUACCGGUGCCGGUGCCGGUACCGGUGCCGGCCGGGAGCUCUCAGCGCCGGCCCGGGCGGGCGGCGCCGCUGCCGCGGGAGCCCCCUCGGCGCUGGCCGCCGUGCUGGGCGCCUGCGAACCGCUCUGCGCCGCCCCCUGCUCGCUGCCGGCCGGCGGGCGGCCGCGGGGGGCGGCGGGGGCGGCGGGGCGGGCGGCGCGGGCGGAGGCGGCCCGGCCGGGCGGGGAGGAGUGGAGCCGCAAGGGCAGCUUCAUCCGCAAGCCGGCGCAGGGCUGGCUGCACCCCGACGAGCGGGUGCUGGGGCCCGGCGUCUCCUACAUCGUCCGGUACAUGGGGUGCAUCGAGGUGCUGCGCUCCAUGAGGUCCCUUGACUUCAACACCCGGACGCAGGUCACCAGGGAAGCCAUCAACAGACUGUACGAGGCGGUGCCGGGCGUGAAGGGCAUCUGGAAGAAGAAGGCUCCCAACAAAGCCCUCUUCUCCAUCCUGGGCAAGAGCAACCUCCGCUUCGCUGGCAUGAGCAUUGCUGUCAACAUCUCUGUUGAUGGGCUGAACCUCAUGAUCCCCACCACGCGCCAGAUCAUCGCCAACCACCACAUGCAAUCCAUCUCCUUCGCCUCUGGUGGGGACACGGACACCACAGACUACGUCGCCUACGUCGCCAAGGACCCCAUCAACCAGAGAGCCUGCCACAUCCUGGAGUGCUGCGAGGGGCUGGCGCAGAGUGUCAUCAGCACGGUGGGACAGGCCUUUGAGCUGCGCUUCAAGCAAUACCUGCACAGCCCCCCCAAGGUGGUGGCACCCCCAGACAGGGCGCUGGGUGUGGAGGAGUUGGCCUGGGGGGAGGAGGAGGAGGCGGCUGAGCACGAUUACUACAACAGCAUCCCGGGGAAGGAGCCGCCCCCGGGGGGGCUGAUCGACUCCCGGCUCCGGCAUGGCCUGGUCCUGGGCCACAUCCACACUCAGCCCUCGGGCUCUGGCCCCCCCAGCCAGGGUGGGUUUGCAGCCAGGCGAGACCAGAGCAGCCAGCCGGGGCCACCCUGGGACCUGGAGAGCCAGGGCCAGCCCUGCGACGGGUACCUGCAGGCAGACAGCCAUCCCCUGGGGCCGCGGGACUACGAGGAGCACAUGUACGUGAACACGCAGAGCCUGGAUGCCUGGGAGCCAGAGGCGGCGGCUCGCGGGGCGCCAGAGGAGAGCCCCAAAAAGGACCUCUUUGAUAUGAGGCCAUUCGAGGAUGCCCUGAAGCUCCACGAGUGCAUUGCGGGGGGCAGCACCAGCCCCCCCAUCGAGGACCAGUGGCCGAGCCCCCCCACGCGGAAAGCCCCCAUCGCCCCCACAGAGGAGCAGCUCAGGCGGGAGCCGUGGUACCAUGGGAAGAUGAGCCGGCGGGACGCCGAGAAGCUCCUGCAGACGGAUGGGGACUUCCUGGUGCGGGACAGCCUCACCAACCCGGGGCAGUACGUGCUGACCGGCAUGCACAGCGGGCAGCCCAAGCACCUGCUGCUGGUGGAUCCCGAGGGCGUGGUGAGGACCAAGGACGUGCUGUUUGAGAGCAUCAGCCACCUCAUCAGCCACCACCGGCAGAACGAGCAGCCCAUCGUGGCCGCAGAGAGCGAGCUGCACCUCCGCCAGGUUGUCCGGAGGAAGCAGUGAUGCUGGGGGGUACGUGAGCCCCCGACCCGCUCCCCUGGUGCCAGACUCACCCCAGCCCCAGGGCAAAGCCAGGGCCUCUCUGCGCUCCCCUCCUCCAGUUGUGCCUGGCCUCAGGGGGAGGCAAAGCCCCCCGCACACCCCAGGGCUGGGCUCCCCAUCCUCCUCCCCAGCAGGACCUCACGGUCCCUGGCCCUGAAGGACCCCCCCGCCCCAUCCACGCUGCCUCCCUCCAUCAUCCACACGGGGCCCCUUGCCCAGCUGGACAUGAAGAUGUUUAUUCCAAGUGUGGAAGCAAAACGCUGAUGGGGUGGGAGCCCGUGGGUGGCCUCGCCAAGAGGGAUGGGGCCCAGGGCCAGCGCCAUUCCGGGACAUGGAAUUGGUCUGCGAAUGAUGACGGAGCAAACGGGGUCAGGGCUCCGUCAGCCUCGUCCCAGGGCUCCCUGGGUGGGAUGAGGCGAGCAGGCUUGGUGUGUGCACGUGUGUGAGUGGGUGUAUGUGUGUGUGUGUGUGUGUGCAUCCACGUGUGUGCAAGGUAUGCGAGGGGCAGCUGGGGGGACCAGCCCCUUGCCCACAGAGCUGUGCCUCUUGCCCAACGCUGCUGCUCAGGACCCAACUCCCCACCUCAUUUCCCUCCCCCCCCCCCAACAUCUGGGGAGUGCCCCCGUCCGUGGGGUCUCCCAUCAGUGGGGGCUGUAGCCCCCGGCUUGGCUCUGCCCAUGGGGCUGGGCACAAAUGUCUGGUGCUGCUGGAUGUCCCUGCUGCUCCCACAUUUCCAGCUGGCUUCUCCCCAGGAGUGGCUGCCAUGUGAGGCUCCCGGUGGCCCCGAGCCCCCGCAGCCCUCCCUGGGCCAGGGCCAGGACAAAGCUGCUGCGGCUGGGGUGAGCUACUGGCACCGGCUUGUGAGGCCAGGGCUCCCGGGAGGAGAGGUGUCCCACGGCCCCCAGGGAACACCCCCGGCCGGCUCGGGGCUUUGGCAGGUUUUUAUGGCAUACACGUCUCCUUCUCCAGUGUGUCUGGCUCUGGGUGCGGGUUCGUGGUUUGGAAUACGUUUCUAAUUAAACCUGGAAAUGA